CCUGCGCCGGGCGGCGGCGCGCGCGGGCGGGGGCGGGAGCGGCACCGGGAGCGGCACCGGGAGCGCAGCGCGGCUCGGGCCCGGCGGAGCGGAGCGGAGCGGCGGGAGGAUGGAGAUGGAGAAGCGCCUGACGCUGGAGCUGCGCAACAAGAAGCCGAGCGAGGUGAAGGAGCUGGUCCUGGAUAACUGCCGCUCAGAGGAUGGCAAGGUGGUUGGUCUCUCGUCAGACUUUGAGAACCUGGAGUUCCUCAGCAUGAUCAACAUCAACCUGCUGUCCGUGUCCAACCUCCCCAAGCUCAACAAACUGCGGAAGCUGGAGCUGAGUGAUAAUAGGAUUUCUGGUGGCCUUGAAGUUCUAGCAGAGAAAACUCCCAACCUCACACACUUGAACCUAAGCGGCAACAAGAUCAAAGACAUCAACACCCUGGAGCCCUUGAAAAAGUUGCCAAACCUCCACAGCCUGGACCUGUUCAACUGCGAGGUGACGAUGCUCAUCAACUACCGGGAGAGCGUGUUCGCCCUCCUGCCCCAGCUCACCUACCUGGACGGCUUCGAUGCCGACGAGCAGGAGGCCCCUGACUCCGACCCCGAGGCAGAUGGGGAUGCACUGGAGGAUGAGUAUGAGAAUGGGGAAGAAGGCGAGGAAGAGGAGGAUGAUGAGGAGGAGGACGAUUUGGAUGAAGAAGUCAUUGAUGACGAGGAAGAUGAAGACGAUGACCUGGAAGGUGAAGAGGAGGAGGAUGGAGUAGAUGAUGAGGAGGAGGAUGAGGAGGAAGAUGGUGAGGAGGAUGAAGAAGAUGAAGCUGAGGAGGACCAUCCGUGUGGCGAGAAGAGAAAACGAAGUCUAGAGGAUGAAGGAGAGGAAGAUGCAGAGGACGAAGAGGAUGAUGAGGAUGACUGAUCCCAGCGAGCCAAUCAGUUUUACAGACUCUGACUGUGCUUGUCUUAACCUCCCCGUUGUGUCUGUGUGAGACUGUAAAUCCCUGUCUCCCACUCCUCCUCCUCCCCCUUUGUAUGGCUGCAGCGUCCACAAUAUAUUUUUUUAAGAUUUAGAA